UCGUGCCCGCGCCGGUCGGUUGGUGGCGCCUUUGUCCUACGGCGGGCAGGUGGGCUGAGGCGGAGGCGGCGGCGGCGGGCCUGAGGCGAAGGAGCAGCCGGAAGCCCGCCGCGCUGGUAGCGAUAUUAAUAAGGCAGCGGAAGGAAGAAAUAUGAAUACGGCUCCAUCAAGACCCAGCCCCACACGAAGGGAUCCGUAUGGCUUUGGGGACAGUCGAGACACAAGGCGUGACCGAUCUCCGCUUCGAGGAAGUCCGAGAAGAGAGCCCAGGGAUGGCAGAAAUGGCCGGGACACCCGGGACAGCAGAGACUUCCGGGACCAUCGGGACAGCAGAGACCUCCGGGACCAUCGGGACAGCCGGAGCAUGCGGGACCUCAGAGACUUCCGGGAUCUCAGAGACUCUAGAGAUUUUCGAGAUCACCGGGACCCACUGUACGACAGAUACCGAGACCUGAGGGACUCCCGUGACCCUGUGUACAGGAGAGAGGGCUCUUAUGACCGGUAUCUGCGAAUGGACGACUAUUACAGGAGGAAAGAGGACGCCUACUUUGACCGUUACAGGGACAGCUUUGACGGACGAGGCCCUCCAGGUCCAGACAGCCAGUCCCGUGCAAAAGAGCGACUGAAGCGGGAGGAGCGGCGGAGGGAAGAGCUGUAUCGCCAGUAUUUUGAAGAAAUCCAGAGACGCUUUGAUGCCGAGAGGCCUGUGGAUUGCUCUGUGAUUGUGGUCAACAAGCAGACAAAAGACUAUGCUGAAUCUGUGGGGCGGAAGGUGCGAGACCUCGGCAUGGUGGUGGACUUGAUAUUCCUCAACACGGAGGUGUCACUGUCACAAGCCCUGGAGGAUGUCAGCAGAGGAGGAUCUCCUUUUGCUAUUGUUAUCACCCAGCAACACCAGAUUCACCGCUCCUGUACAGUCAACAUCAUGUUUGGAACCCCACAAGAGCAUCGCAACAUGCCCCAGGCUGAUGCCAUGGUGCUGGUGGCCAGAAAUUAUGAGCGCUACAAGAAUGAGUGCCGGGAGAAGGAGCGCGAGGAGAUUGCCCGCCAGGCAGCCAAGAUGGCCGACGAAGCCAUCCUGCAGGAGCGGGAGCGCGGAGGCCCAGAGGAGGGCGUCCGUGGGGGGCACCCUCCGGCCAUGCAGAGCCUCAUCAACCUGCUGGCAGACAACAGGUACCUCACUGCCGAGGAGACAGACAAGAUCAUCAACUAUCUGCGGGAGCGCAAGGAGCGGCUUCUGAGGAGCAACGCCGACGCUCUGCCUGGCCCAGUUUCCCGCCAGCCACUCGGGGCGGCUUCGGGUACCUCGCUGAAGACACAGCAAAGUUCCCAGCCGCUCCAGGGUGGCCAAGUGCUCCCCUCUGCUACGCCCGCGCCAGCUGCACCCUCCACCUCCCAGCAAGAGCUUCAGGCCAAAAUCCUUAGCCUCUUCAACAGUGGCACGGUCGCGGCCAACAGCAGCUCAACUGCCCCUUCGGUUGCUGCCGGAAGCACACAGAACCAGAAUUUUCCCCCAGCCACGAACAGCCAGCCCCAGCCAAGAUCACAGGCCUCUGGCAGUCAGCCCCCAGCCGUUUUGGGACAGGCGGGAUCUGCUCGGAACAUGGGCCCCAGGCCUGGGGCUCCCUCCCAAGGGCUCUUUGGCCAGCCUUCCAGUCGCCUGGCACCUGCUGGCAACAUGGCCAGUCAGAGGCCUGUGUCUUCCACAGGUAUCAAUUUCGACAAUCCAAGUGUACAGAAGGCUCUGGACACCCUGAUCCAGAGCGGCCCUGCUCUCUCCCACCUGGUUAGCCAGACCACGGCACAGGUGGGAAGGCCCCAGGCCCCCAUGGGAUCUUACCAGAGGCAUUACUGAGGCCACGUCUGUCAGCUGCCCCCUACCCUGCUCCCUGGCUUCCUCCCAGUUCCUGCGUUGUAAUAGUUGUUCUACAGGAGAUGUCCUUGGCUCUCUCCAGGCCCACACCCCUCGUCACCUGAUCUCUUCUGCCCAAAGUUGAGUUCUGUGUUCCCAACAGUCAGAGUUUAUGCUACAUCUGGAGGGUGCGUCGUCCUGGUUUUUGUUUUCUUUUUUUGUUUGUUUUUUGUUUUUACAUGUGUGUGUAUAUAUAUAAAUAACUGUCUCUGAGGCCCUGAGGUCAGUACAGGCGUCCCGGCUCAAUGUAUUUUUGAGGGAGUUUCUCUGGGCCCUCUGGCUGCUGGAUUUGAGGGGUGGGGGAAGGUAGGUGCCACCCCGCUCUUCCCCUAGCUGAGCUUGGAGUGGCAUUGGUUGGUCAUGGUGGUAGCCACCACCUUUGACCUCAGCUGAAGCUCCUGCCUGAGGUUGGGCAACACCUGCCCCUGGCUGGGCCCUGCUUCCCUCCCCCCCACCCCCCCCACAGGCUCUGCCCUGCCGAGGCCUGGCACAGGCAGCUGCAGGAGGAAGCUUUCUGUGGUCCAGUCCGGUGGUUUGUGUUUUUCAGCUUUGCUCCCCCACACAGACCCUCCUGUGAACUCAACAGCUGCAGUUACCACCAGUUUGAUGCAAACUGUGAAUCUGGGCUCCCCUACACUUCCCCCUAAUCGUGUGUCAACACCCCUGGCCUCCUGAGGAGGCUCUGUGCCCCCUUGGUGGCCGCCCUUCUUUGUGGUGGCCGCCCUUCUUUGUAGUGGUCGGUUGUGAGCAUUUGCCUCAAACACCCAGGCUCUUGUUUUCUUCUGGACUCUGGUUCUCUUUUCCAAGCGGCGGGAGGCAAGGACCAGGUGGGUGGCAGACUUGGAGCUGCUGGACACAUUCUCCAUAGAGGUGGUGGCUAGUCUGAACUUUGGAGCUGGAGGGACACUGCAGCAGCGAGGGCUUCCAGCUGCUCCAGGCAGAGCCAGAGGCACGCUCCUGGUGCUCCCCAGGGGUGGUGCACAGGGGAGCCCUAUGGGGCAGCCUCAGGGGCAAGGCCUGGCAGGGUGGGGAGCCACUACAACUUGGGCUGAGCAAAAAGUGGGUUCAGAAAACUCAAGCGCCCCCAAAUGGCAGCAUUUUAUGUUCUGACAUGUUUGUGUUACAUAGUGAAUUUUUUUCCUUUGGAACUCUUGUGUUAAUAAGAUGAAAUGAUUACUUUUUAAUUAAAACAAAAAAAGCCAAGAAGCUGUGUUCCUAUUCUCUCUGGUGGGAGCACCUGCGGCCCUCUCACAGGACCCUCUUUGCCAGGGUCAGGAAAUGAGAUCCCCGCCCUCCUCAGAGCUCUGC